UGGUAAUCCGCCUGUUGGAGCAGCGCUGUCCUCGCUCAGAGGAGAGCCUGCUGUAGCCGCCUUCAGCGAAGCAGAUGCCGUCUGAUAGCCUGGAGCCUCGGGGGGACGUGCCAGCUCUAGCCGGCUUAUCCUAGGAGAGUCUUUGACACACCGAGCUACAGAUGGCCUUGAAAUCUCACUGACAGGCAAAAGGGAAAUCGAGUCACACCAAAGCGGCCUCCUGCCCUGGUACCUGCCCCUGCACGCCCGCUCUACGAGCCAUGGAGGCCACCGACGUGCCGGUGGGGAACCUCAUUGACUUUGAUUCCGAGCCCCCUGCCUCUGUCCCCGCUGAGUCCCCUCCCUCGCCCCCUCAACCCUCCAGUGGCAAUGGGUUACUGGCGGACCUGGGGGAUCCAGCGGCUGUAGGAGAGGAGAGCGACACCACGGAGUCGGCCGACAGUGAGAAUGACAUGGGGGAUUCGCCCAGCCAUCACAGCUGGAACAACUACCGUCGCUCCUCAUCCAAUGAGUCCUUCUCGUCCAACCAGAGCACGGAGUCAGCCAAGGACGAGGUGAUGGUGGAGCGCCGGGAGUUCAUGAGGCAGUACGUGGAGAAGAUCUUCAGUGGGGGGGAGGACCUGGACCAAGAAGAGAAGGCCAAGUUUGGGGAGCUGUGCAGCGGAGAGAACGGAAAAGGCAGGGAGUGGUUUGCAAGAUACGUCAGUGCUCAGCGCUGUAACUCCAAGUGCGUCUCGGAGCAGACUUUCUAUCGGCUGGUGCAGUCCUUCGCGGUGGUGCUGUUCGAGUGUCACCAGAUGGAUGACUUUGGUCCUGCCAAAAAUCUAAUGACCAUGUGUUUCACUUACUAUCACAUCGGUAAAGCCCAGGCGCUGCCCUCAGAGGCUAAGGAGAAGCCCAUGGGGAGCAUCGACUCGUACCUGAAGUCGGCAAACAGCUGGCUGGCUGAGAAGAAAGACAUUGCCGAGCGACUCUUGAAGAACACAUCAGCGAAGACUGAGAAUGUGAAGGGCUUCUUCGGGGGGCUGGAAACCAAGCUCAAGGGACCCACGGGCAAGAAAAGCGAGGAAGGGGAAGACAAACCGAAGGAGAAGCUGCAGAAGACAGUUUCCUUGUACAGCCCCGAGGAGGAGGAAGAAGAGAAGAAGGGAGAGAAGAUCUAUUUAUAUAUGCACCUGAAGCAGCAGCCUAUCUGGCACACCCUGAGAUUUUGGAACGCAGCCUUUUUCGAUGCUGUCCAUUGCGAGAGGAGGAAGAGAUCUCCCACCACCAGGGAGAAGUGGUGUCACAUGACCCAGGAGGAGCGUGACGACAGCCUACGGUUUAACGAGAACAUCACUUUUGGGCAGCUUGGCACCUUCACUCACAACAUGUUGGCGUUCGGCCUGAGCAAGAAGCUCUGCAACGACUUCCUGAAGAAGCAGGCCGUGAUCGGCAACCUGGAUGAAGAGCAAAACAAGCUGCUUACUGAUCACAUUGAGCAAAUGGCUGCUGAAUAGCCGUCUGGCCCGUGUCCGGCGUUUGGAGAGAGGCGGAGAGGCGCGGCAGUGGGUGUGGGUGCGGAGUGGGAGGACGACUCUUCCUCCUCAGAGACCACCCGCAGCUGAAGAUGGGCUACGUAAAACCACCACAAUAAACCUGCAUGAUUGUCAGCAAACCUUAGCGCUGCGCCGUGCAGCCCGUAGAGAUAGGAGCUCAAACAAAACCAACCCUUUUCAGAUGCUCCUUCGUCCCUGAGCCCCGUCACAUUGUCCGAGUCGAAUAUUCCAAGAGGUGUUUUUGUCUGUAAAAUGGAGUAACUGCUCAAGAUCCCUGUGUGUUUGUGGGCUCGGGGAAGGGGCAGGAUUGCUGUAUCCCAGGCACCCAGGAGGUGCCUUGCACUGGCCAUGCUGCUGAAAACUUUGUUUCCUGAUGUGACUGCUUCAGUAGCCAACAGCUGAUGAGGUCAAGAGAUACUGUAGGCAGGGUGGGGGGUUGGAUGUAAAGGGUGGGAAUUAAAUGGUAGCACUGCGUGCUUGUUACUUUAGAAGGUUGGUACCCAGUGGCCAAUCCAGGUGAAAACAGGACUCUAAGCCCCCCCAGCUCAGAGAUCAAGAGUUGUACCCUCCUUGUAGUGUGUCGUGCAUUGAAAACUUAUCCACAACAGCUGCACCCUGCGUUUUGUUCUGGCAGAUGAGCAGCUGCUGCGGUAAGAACCAGCCUUGAGAUCAGAGCGAUCUGUCCCAUCCUCUGGGUUGACCUACUGUUCUGCAGUGAGAUGGGCUGAUGCCCUGGCAGUUUGCACAGCCCUUCCAAAGGAAACGUUGAUUGCUUCCAUUAUUGGGGCUAGAGAGGGAGAGAAUUCUUUAGUGACAAAAUCUGGGCAGAUGGGACCGCUCUGGGAAAGGGUCGGAGACUGAUUGUGGAGCCGCAGAUAGUCUGAUUUUUGUGUCAAAGUGCAUUUUGUUAUCUAUCUGAAAACGUCCCUCUUGGUCUGGGCGAUAGGCAGGCAUGCAGAAACUCCUGCAGAACUUUCUGCUGCAGUCAGAGCAACGCAGUCACUGGCUAGCCAGCCCCCUCCUUCAAUACAAAGAUUCUUCCACGGUGACCCUUUGAGAACAUUAUUGUAUUUGCUUCAAGGAAAGCGGGUGAAGUGUGUACAUCUCAGUAUGAGGGCAAAUAAAGGAACUUCCUUAGUACGCUCGAUAGACUGGUGGCAGCCUUGUUCAGGGGAAUCUGUAGUGGUCCACAGCCGUCAGCUGGAGAGAGGAGGAGAGGGGCUGCUUUGCUUGGGUUCUGUUGGUAGAGAUGGUGCAUUUCCUCUUGCAGAUUCUAAAUUGCUCUGAAAAUCCUCCAAGUGGCGCCUUCCCACCAGGAGAUGCUCAGCAAUGGCAGCUGCCCACUCCCCUAGAGCUUCCCCCCAUGGCAGUUUGCUUGGUGGAGCCAUGGAGUGUAGUUCAAGGCUUGGACAUGGAAAUAGAUGGGAUGAGAGUCUGGCCCCCAGAUGGGGGAGUAACUCGGGGGCAGGAGACACACCACAAAUGAUUGGAGCAUGGCGUGUCCUUGUGACUUGCCCCAGUAUAAAAUAAACCCAGGUUAAUUUUCCUGUUAACCACCGCUUCCAGCCACCAGUUUUUCAGACGUACCAGACCAGACUGAUGCACGUCUGUCUGUACUUUUAAAUAACACUUCCAGUGCAGGUGCUAGGGAGUCACUCGGCCUCUGGGCUUUCUGCGUGCCAGGCGACAGAUCGUGCUGGUCUUGUUCCAAGUGGAAACGAAAUAUUAAUCUUCUUAUUUUCCCACAAAUUUAAUCAUCCUCCGUUCUCCUUCCUGACCCCUCCCAUACCAAUCAGCUUCAUGAGCCAUCCUGAAAUGGCCUUUUGUAAAUACUCAUUUUAUUCCUGGCCUUGUGACUCCAGCCUCCUGGAUAUAUUGUAAUCAGUAGAGCAGAGUACACAGACUUUCAGUUCUUUCCGGGUCCCUUGUUACCAGUGUGGCAUGCAGCGUGCGUCAGUGAAGCUUGGGUGUCAAGUGUUUAGAGAGGGUUGGAGUGACUAGAAUUAUCCAGGUAUAAUGUCAGUGACUUUAAAAGAGGCCGCAGGCUUUACUAUAUAAACCUUUUUUUUGGUAGGGGCAGAUGGCUCGAUAAAAAUGGGAACCUUGUAGCAAAACUCAGGGACCUUAGAGCUCAAUGCUGGAAUUUCUUCUAGAAAAGCCUUAUGCAAGGGAAAUGGGAUUUCUUCUCCCGUGGGAAUAUAAGGCGUGUCGAAAGCCCAUGUUAAAGGCUGUGGAGCACAGACACAUGCAAAAGGCAGGCAAGCUUUGAGCCCCUUCACAUGCUCGGUGGCUGUCAAACAAGGAUUUACAGCCUAGUACACGCUAAUUUACAAUAGAAAUCGUGCAGUUGUCUACAUGAAAUGCUGCUUGUGUUGUGGUGUUCAGGUGACCAUUCUGCUGUGUGUGUUCAAUGCUUUGUGUCCCCUCAAAAGUAUUACCGUCGCUGAACUCUGUUUACAUGAGCCUGCGUUUCAAGGGAUGUUUGUCCGGGGCUGCUCUGUGCUGUCGGUUACGUACUGUAAGAUUCAUAGUGUCGCAGGUUUGUUUUAAUGCUGCCUCUUGACUUGUUGGCCCUGCAGUGUAACUUCCUAAAUCUAUAGAAGGGUAUUUAACAUCGUGAGUGACCUCUCUGCCAAUAUUCCCAGUCAUGUUGAGAUUUUUAAGUAUGCUGUGUGAUUCUUCCUAGCCCCCAAAGCAAGCCAGUAAUCGUAGACUGAUGCUCAGGAAAUGAAAAAAACGUCCUACGUAGAUGUUUGUAAAAGUGCUAAAGUCUCCUCGGCGUGUCAGAAGCAGCGGCACUUGGAGUUGGGUAUGCGACCAAAUAUUGUGGUGUUCAUGAGCUCUGGGGCGGGUGAUCCUUUUCCUGCAGAUUGCAGAUGCAGUAGAUCUGCCUCUUCUGAUCCAUGCCAGUUUUGAUGUGUCCGUGUUGUCGUCAGUUACUUACUACUAAGACUUGUUGUUCAUCAUGCGUUAAUAGGAAAAGUCCGUGCUUCG